CUCGACCAGCAAAUGCCAAAAGUCGUUUCCAAUAGGACGAGUACGUGCGGUACGUGGGCUUAGCUGUCCGUUCUAGGUAUUGUGCACUGGGUUCGCAUGCAUUUGCCAACCUCGAGGUUUUCAGUCAAUUGUGCCGUGACGAGUUUAAGAAAAGUGUAAAAUGGUAGCUGACGGAGAACCGGUUGAAACUGCUGAGCAGCAAUCGAAGAAAGCCGCCAAGAAACAGGCGAAAGAAGCAGCGAAGGCAGCAAAGAAAGCAGAGCACAAGGAAGCGGCCAAAAAGGACCAAGAAUCAAACGUUGAAGCUGAAGACUAUUCUGCUGGAAAAUAUGGCAUAGCCAAAUUGAUCCAAUCGGCCGAAACGCAUUCCGACAGGAAAUUCGUCAAAGUUUCCGAUCUUUCACAGUUCAUCAACAAGGGUACAGUCUGGGUGCGAGGACGUGUUCACACCUCUCGUAGCAAAGGAAAACAAUGCUUUUUAAUAUUAAGACAACAAAGCAGCACAGUCCAGUGUGUGAUUGCUGUUGGCGAUGAGGUUUCCAAGCAAAUGGUUAAAUUCUCCGGAAGUAUAAGCAAGGAAAGUGUAAUUGACGUGCAUGUUAAAGUUGUGCCAGUUUCAUCGAGUAUCGAAUCGUGUACGGAGCAAAAAUUGGAAUUGUAUGUUUGCGAAAUAUACGUGAUUUCUGCUGCCAAACCACAACUUCCACUGCAAAUUGAGGACGCAUCACGGCCGGAAAAUUUGGAUGACCCCGAAAGUUUGAACAUUCGCGUUAACCAAGACACUAGAUUAGACAAUCGUGUUCUGGACUUGAGAACUCCUGCCAAUCAAGCUAUUUUCCGUCUGGAGGCUGGCGUGUGUAAACUGUUCCGCGAUAUUUUGACUGAAAAAGGCUUCACAGAAAUCCACACUCCAAAAAUUAUCCCUGCACCAAGUGAAGGUGGCGCCAAUGUUUUUACUGUGAGUUAUUUCAAAGAUUCUGUGUACUUAGCUCAAUCGCCACAACUCUACAAGCAAAUGGCGAUUGCCGCCGAUUUCGAUAAAGUGUUCACUGUUGGUGCGGUAUUUCGUGCAGAAGAUUCAAACACGCAUCGUCAUUUAACGGAAUUCGUUGGUCUUGAUUUGGAGAUGUCCUUCAAAUAUCAUUACCACGAAGUCUUGCACGUAAUCGGUGAUACCUUCACUGCCAUCUUCAAAGGUCUUCGCGAUAAUUACAGCAAAGAAAUCGCAGCUGUUGGACAGCAGUUCAAAGUUGAUGCCUUCAAAUUCCUGGAACCACCGUUGAUUCUAAAAUUUUCUGAGGGUGUGGCGAUGUUACGAGAGGCUGGCGUUGAAACUGGAGACGAGGAAGAUUUGUCAACCCCUAACGAAAAACUCUUGGGACGCUUAGUAAAGGCUAAAUACGACACUGACUUCUACAUACUCGAUAAAUUCCCACUUGCUAUCCGACCAUUCUACACCAUGCCGGAUCCUAACAACAAAAUGUACUCCAACUCAUAUGACAUGUUCAUGCGUGGAGAGGAAAUUCUGUCGGGCGCACAACGUAUUCAUGAUGCCGAUUUCUUGAUUGAGAGGGCGAAGCAUCAUGGAGUUGAUCUACAAAAAAUAGCGUCGUACAUUGAAGCAUUCAGAUUCGGUUGUCCACCGCACGCUGGAGGUGGUAUUGGCAUGGAACGAGUAGUUAUGUUGUACUUGGGCUUGGACAACAUUCGGAAAACCUCAAUGUUCCCACGUGAUCCUAAACGAACCACUCCAUAAACCACUUCUCCCAUAUAACGAUAAGCGCAUAAGUUUUCAUAAAUGGAAUGUGCGAAACUGCUCCUGGUCCCCAUCGGCAUAUAUUUCUUUUAACAUGGGAUGAGACUUACAUCUUGGGUUUACACUGUGAAUUUUUUUUAUAUAAAAAAAAAAUAAAAUGAUAUUUUUAUUCGAAA